GGAAAACUAAUAUAAAAUAGCAGAAUGAAUCGAAAAAUUGAUAUGGGCAAUAUCGAUACGUAUGUUAUUGCGGAGCGGUUAGAAAGCGGAAGUGGAGAUUCGGGUGAAUCAGAGUGCUCGGACAAUGGAGGCGGUGUCGAUGAUGAUUCCAGUAGCUUGAGCUCGCGUACGGCUGGUGGCAAUGGCUAUGGAAAGCGAUGGUCCAGAGCUGAAGAUAAUUUACUUAAGGGGCUUGUUGGGCAAUAUGGAGAUCAGUGGGAACUGAUAGCGCCGCAAUUUAAAGACCGCACUGAGCAGCAGGUUCAACAGCGAUGGGCUAAAGUGUUGAAUCCUGAAUUGAUCAAAGGCCCUUGGACAAGAGAGGAAGAUGAGAAAGUCACUGAACUUGUGCGGCGAUUUGGACCAAAAAAAUGGACACUAAUAUCACGAUACUUAAACGGCCGCAUUGGCAAGCAAUGUCGUGAGCGAUGGCAUAAUCAUCUCAAUCCCAAUAUAAAAAAGACGGCUUGGACCGAAGAAGAAGACAGAAUAAUUUUCAAUGCCCACAUGGAAUGGGGUAAUCAGUGGGCGAAAAUAGCAAAGCUUCUGCCUGGCCGCACAGAUAAUGCCAUAAAAAAUCACUGGAACUCUACUAUGAGACGGAAAUAUGAUCCCCAUCGAUUGAGGGUAUUAGCACGUCAGUGUCCUGAUUUGCAGGAUUCGCGCUCUAAUCUAAAAGCGCUUAUCAAAGCGAGUAUUAAUGGUGCAGGUCAACCGCAAAUGCCGGCGCCAGCACAAGCACCGGCUCCAGCGCUAUCUUUGUCUGCGCAAAUUUUACAGCGCCCUCAAGCGCAGCGACAACAAAACGAACAAGCUCAAGAGCAACCUAGCACAUCUGUCGGGGCUACGAUGCAACGCUCUGCACAACAAGUAACUAAACCACCUCCUACACGCCCACCACCAAAUAUUUUGAAGCGUGCUCGUCCACAAUACGAUGCACAAUUGCAGCAGCAACAAUAUUUGGAUAUGGCUGCAUGUAAUACAAAUGCAUUAACGGUUGGUAUGGACAACGUGGGUGUGUCAAGCGGUAAUUGGGUAAAACAGGAAACAAAAUUGCCUGAAUCGCCUGUAAUGACUCCUAUAAAGCCAUUACCAUUUUCACCAUCACAAUUCCUCAAUUCGCCAUGUUUACCCUCAUUCGAGGACAUCAGUUUGUGUGCCAGCACACCAGUACAUAAAGCCUCUGGACGAGAAGGAGUAGAAGUCAAAAAGGAAUUAGAAAGCUCUUCAAUCGAAACGCCUCACAAAAGUAUUUUGGGCCCACGCACGCCUACACCGUUCAAGGAUGCUCUCGCCGCUUUGGGUAAAAAGCGUCGAUACAUUCCACCAAGUCCAUCCUCCUUGGUUGAAGACUUAGCCGAAAUCAUACACGAAGAACAGGUGAAUGAUUCUAAUAAUAUGGCUAUUAAGAAAGAAAAUAUGUCGUCGGAUGCAGACUUGACCAGCGAUACAUCCAGAACUACCACUGCCGGCUCAGCAUCCCAACCUACAAAGAAGGCACGAAAAUCGCUUAUCACCAGCUGGGGUGAAAAUGUUAUGCCUAGUGUUGGUAUUAAGCAAGAAAAGAAAUCGUUGCCUUUUGAGACCGAGACUCCGAGCAAAUUUCUUACUUCGACCGAGUCUAUUGCAUUCUCUCCCACAACGAUUAUUAUGAAGGAUACACUAUGCAGUGAGGCUGAUCUAUUACUAAAUACUAAUGAUGAGGCCAAAAAAGAAAAUAGUCCACAACAACGACAGCAACAGCAAGGACAAAAUGUACCGUCUUUAUUGCCGCCACGCGAACGAAGUGGUCACCAAUACUUGGAUCCGAAAUGGGAGAGACUUGCAUGUGGUCAGACCAAGGAUCAACAAUUUAUGGUGCAACAAGCCCACGCAUGCCUCAAGAAUCUCUCUCUAAUGCCGCGGUCACUAAAUUUUGAAAAGCAAAAAUGACGUGAGCAUAUAGAAAAACCCCUAUGAGACAUUCUUUAACAAUAAUUGUUGAUUAAAUACUGCACAUAUACACAAACUAUAUACAUAUAUAUUGGAUUAUUGUUUUAUCGCUACGAAUGUUAUCGAGUUGAAAGUUUUUUAUUUUAUAUAUUAUACACUAAUAUAAACCUAAGAUUGCAAACAGUUUGUGAAAUAUGCAUACAUAUUCCGAUUUUAUAUUUAUGUAUGUAUGUAUUUUGUAUGAUGCUGGAAUCGCAUUAACUGCAGACGCAGAAGUGUCUAGAUUUAAGCCCAAAGAAGUUUUGAAUAUCAUAUACAUAAGUACGCUAUGCACGUUUCACAAAUUAUUCUUUUUCUAUUCAUAAUUAUUGUAAGUAAUUGGUAUAAAUUUGCCAAUAUAGUAAUAAAAGCAAACUAACAAACCGACAUUUGAAGCUAAAUUCAUUUUGAAAAAAAAAACUAAAUUGUAGUUUAUGUAAAAUCCCGGUGCACACCCAUUAAGUAACACAACUUACAUAUAUGAAUGUAUGCAUAAUUAUAUAGUACCUAUUUACUCCGCAGAAGUGCGAGAACAGGAAUGCAUGAUAUGUAUCUCUAAUUUUUUUAAUCAAAUAAAUACAAGCUAUUCAAGGCGGUGAACCAUUGA